AUGAAGAUCCAAGCGUUUAUAUUCAUCACCAGCAUCUUGCUGCUGAUCUCCUUUGUUCAUGAAAGCGAGCAAUUUGGAGGAGUAUUCAAAAUCCCACCUCCAGCUCCUCCGGUGGAGAAACGCCAACUGAAUUUCAAGGUUUGUGGAAUUAAAAGGUCGUUCUGUACAUAUUUGGGUGUAAGUCAGGGAUUCCAUGCAAUAGAUACAGAGCCCGAUGGCUCGAAGACCAGUAGGCCCUUUACCAUUUAAAAUUAUGUAUGCCUUUUGUUUGCAUUGUCCCAGUGCGACUUUUGCUCUCCAGUACGGCGGGUUUGUACCACGUGAAUGGCUAGCUGCAAAAGGCAGUAUUAAAACUAUAAAUUAGGAUAAUUAAAAAGUACCCCAUGACUUAAUUUACGUUUUUAUAGACAGCUCUAAACUGUCGUUGUACUACUAAGUGGGCAGAUAGCAACGUAGUCUUACAAGAGAACAUUUUGUUUAAGUGUUCAGCUUUCCCUGAGCAAUUUCAAGGACUGCCAUAAGCUGCGGUAAACGUUAUAUCACCCUGGCCCGUUACUCAAGAAACACUGUUUUUUAAGUUUUUAAAACUACGAAUAUACAAAAUGAACUGAUAUGUUUGUGAAGUGAGGAUUAAGAUUUGAAAGCAGACGUCAUCGUGGCAGUUCAAAGUAAACAACCCAAGCCGGUUGAACUCAGACUCAGUUAAACCAGGAAAAUUUUUAACCCUGACCUUUGCGAUAACCGGACGCAACGCUCUAUCUUAUUAAACAGAAGCACAGGACCUCGAACAGGGUAAUACGCUUCUGAAUAGAGCUAAUCAAGCCAUCUGGAGACCAGGCAAAUUUUGUGUGGUUUCCAACUAUGUCGAAAGGUGUGUCGAUUCGUAUUUCUCUGGUUAAUUCUCGAAGUGUUUUCCGCUAACUUUUCAAAAAAAAAAAAAAACGGCUGCUAGCCGCGCAAGAGGCAUGAUAUCCUGAAAAGACAGCCGACGUUUCGCGGUGCCCCAACUGGUUCCCCCGUAAAACGACAUUUUAGGAUCUCAACGAUUUUAGAAAUCCCAUUUUUAUACUGUUGACGUGUCUCUGCUCAGAUCAGGUAGUACCACUGUCAUUGCAACAAAUUUCCCUGGCGGGCGGUACAUGUGGAUCACGCACCGGCUGAGUUGUUUUCUAAAUGGAGAGAGAGUUUCUUCUCAGCUUAUCCAACCGAACGUGAUUCUUCGCGAUGCUCAGUAAAAAUUAUCUUUUUGAUAGAAAUUUUCAUCGACAAUUUCGUCUCUAUAGUUUUCUUCGUUAUCAAGCGCUCAGUUCGUUCAUCAUCAUCAGAAAUGCAUAGGGAAGCGGUGUUUCUAGUGCCCGGUUUUUAUCCUAACGAGGAAAAUUUCUUGCUCUUGCCGUCAUAUGUAUUCGGGUGCGAUAAUUUUCAAGCCCAAGACCCAAAUGAUGCUAACAAAAACCCAAACAAUUCGAUGUCAUAUGCAGUCGGUUGUCUGUGACUGGCGGGCUAAUCGGAAAGGGUAGGUGUGACAAAUUUUCAGUAAAUUAAGUCCAAUGCACACAACCUUAUGCUGCAAAGAAGUCCAUCAUUUAAUUCGAAAGGCGAAGAGUUACAUUUACCUUCAGCCCACUUUACGACAUCUCAUCCUGCAAACAGAGCAGCUUUUAUUUGUUACUACUGAGUCCUGCGAGAUAUAGAGAUCGUGUUCUUGAAAAAAGAAGCUUCAUAAACAGCUUUUCGCGAGUGAUCCAUUCGCCACUUAAGGUGAUUCCUUAGUAAAAGAGCCUACCAUAGAUUGUAGAUGAAACUUGGUACACUGAUGUAACAAGUCAAGAAGAUGAUAAAAAAGUUAUAAAAAGUGGGGGUCACCGUGCUUGUUUUGACGUCACAAUGCUUACAAAUACGGCUAUUUAGAAUCCUUUGAAAAAACCCCGCGCAGACCAAAACUAAACAAAAACGAGAGAUUUUUUCGAUGAUGCAUGUGGUAUCGCACAGAAUUUGACUUUAAUGUAUUGUUUAUCCACUUACGUACUAGAAAAAUGUCUUUUAAUGCCCUUGUUUAUGCUUUACGCUUCAAAGUAGAAUUAAAUUGGACACCCACUAUUCGACCCGUGAUAGCUUAAUUCGUACGAUUUAGUAAAAUUGCAAAAAAAGGGAAACAUAGAUUUGUGCCAAUUUUUUUCUCAUCGAAAGGAAGCACUGUCCUUAUUCAAAAUCAUGAAAUAAAAAAGUGGGGGUCGUUUUUGCUGUAUAGCUGCAAAAAGUGUUCACCAUAUGCAUUUUCUCCGAUUUUUGAGAGAGGACUGGGGCGAGUUUCAAAAAGGUAUGUGUGUGAAAGAGAGAAGGAAUUAUUAAAAAGUCCGUUUUUACAGAAUUUAUAUCGAGAUAUCACAUUUACUACACAAUGUGAUAAAGAAAGCGUCUAAAUGAAAAUCAAACUGAGUAAGCGCAAGUUUAACAUCCACUAUCGAGGUUCUCCGUGAGGAAGUCGAACUCAGCAACACGCGUACUGCUUACGUUGUGCACAUUCCCAACACAUUAAGUCUCACAUCGGCAAGAAAGAACCGCAAGCGAAAAUUCCAAUAGCGUUUCUCUUCAGUCAACUUCAUUUUAAUAAUGUUACUUCAGAUGCUCUUUUUUAGGGCGGCCAUCUUGUUAUGCCCAGUAAGAGAUGCGCAGUACAAAACCAGCGAAUCACCUAAGGGAAAGAGAAGGGAACUGGGCAUAAUAAACUUUCGAAAAGACUUCUGAGACCUUUACUGGGGACUGGGAAAAAAUGGCCAAUACGCCACUUCCAUGUUUCCCACGAUGCACCCUUUUUGCCCCCCAAAAUUUUGCAUAACCUUUGUUUUUCAUUUCUCCUGGGUGUUACAGCUGCCCCAAGACAAAUUGAAAACAAUGCUUGUGCAAAACUUUGGGGGGCAAAUAAUUAACAAUUAUUGGAUGAGGUUGAGCAAAAUAUCGUGAUUUGUCUGUGGCGAGCAUAUCAAUUAUUUUCCAAAGCCGAAGUUUGAGGCAAAUAAUUGAUCAGCGAGACACUGACAAAUCACGAUAUUUUGCGAUAACCGAGUUCAAUAAUCAUUCACUUUUUUAUCAUUCGAUCACCGAGUUUGUUUAUUUAAUGAACAUCCUCGGGAAGCGAAGCGAUCUGCCAUUUUCACGCAAGAGCGAUCGCAAGAAGGAGAAAAGCACGGUUUCCUUUACGUAUGUGCAGAAUAUUAUUUGAGGCCAAACACAGUUAGACGGCAUUGCGCAUGAGCAGACCACUAUUUGUAGGCAGUUAUUUGCAGGUCACGCGGCGGGCUCUCGACCAAUGAAAAGAAAGAAAAAUUUGCGUCGAAUGAUAAGGUGCGUUACUGGAAAUGUUGAAGUAGCGAAUAGCUGACGGGUAGCGAAAUUUUUUUUUUGGGGGGGGGGGCUUGGCCACUAAGCUUAGAAUAGUAACCGAGCCUUCCCAUUUAGUUUCCAACUCCGUUUGUAUGCAAUGUUCCGUUGGCCUCAGAGGUUGUUAAAGGUUAAUCCCUGAGAAUAGUGAUUAGGGUUAAGCACUGACUCGAUAAACGGUUAACUUCUAUUUGGGGUUAGGGUUGUUACUAUAUAUCUUCAAAUCAAGCCAUCAAUCGUCAGCAAAUCCUCAGUGGCGUAAUGGUAUGGGAGAUGGACUGCAGAUGCUACGCUUCGGAUUCGAGUUCUACUCAACCCCUUCUAAAUUUUUUUUCCUUAAAAAUUGAAGAUACUUAGACUCUGUACUUAGAAAUUUCAUGUAGGAAAAGGGAAAUGUCUGAGAAUGUCUUGUGAGAGUGAAAUGUUAGUUUGGAGUAUGGAGAUGAGUGCUCCCCAAGAAAGUGAUCCCAAAAGAAAUUUUCGCUGCUGGAUUAGUUCCUCUUAACAAUCCCAGAAACAACUGCGGGCCGCACAUCUCGGUUCCAAUUUCCUUCUGUCUAAAGUGGGGCAUGCGUACCACAGGGUAUUGCGUAUUAUUUGACUUCAUCCAAACAGAGGUGACAUGUCAUAAGCAUGGAAUUUCUGCACUCGUUCCCUAGACGUUGUGUCGCGGGGAUUCAUUUGCUGCACAGCUUUACGCUACGCCUUAAAGUAGGUUGUUUUCUCAGAUUUGGAUCAGCAUGUUAGAAGUUUUUACUUUUAGGCCAAUUUUAGAGGUAAAGGAAAGUGUUUAGGCUACUCCUCCUUCUUUACAGUGUUGUUGUAUUGUAAUUUUCUCCCCAAGAGCAUGCGCUGUCAUAAGGUACUACAAACACGUCUUUUUUGCGUUGUGUACCGUAUACCAAGUGGCAAUAUGAAGUCCUGGGUUACGUCACAAAGGACAGGCCCUGGCGCUCUAACAAUAACACAACAGCCUUUACACAGUCAAUGACAACGACACAAUAGUGCAUCUAUUGACUAAUAUGGAAAUUGAACAUCCCCUUUGUUGAAUUAAUCCUUUGAAUUGUCGUAAGUUAGUUUCUCCUAAGUAACCAUGACAAAGUCAUUAAGUCAAGAUACUUUUCUUGUUUCAGCCCAGCCAUUUGGUUAAAAUGACCAGGACAGCCAGGAGUAUUUGUGCCGCAGCAAGAGCCCUGGAUUGCUCAAAAAGGAAUGUAGACGUCUAA